AUGCCUCGCCAAGGAGGACUGAUCAAGGUCCUCGGGACUGGUGUAGGGAUGGCAGCAGAGUACCACGAGCAUCGCAAGCAGAAGAAGCUCUCGCGCGAGAACAGCCAGCAAAGCGUCGACCAAACCAUUGCAGGUCCUUCCAAUCGACCCGAAAUCAGUACCAGGGAGCUCUCUGCUGCCUCCGACCUGCCUCCGGCGUACGAAGAUAUUGUUGACGAGCAUAACUCGUCGCUAGCGGCCGGACGACCGGUUGCAGACGACAAGAAAGCCGCGCUACGCCAGUACAACUCCGACUCCGAAUCCGACGACCUGGAAGAGUACGAGUAUGCAGAGCUCCAAGGAGACGAAGCAGCCUGGGACCUAGACGAAGCCGUCAGCCGCGAGCGCGGGAGGUCAACGCCCCCAGAUACACCGACCGAGACCUCCUCAGAUCCCGAGAGACUCGUCAGUGAGGUCCUCACCGCCAACCGUACGGCAUUGGCUGCAGCUCCAGCGUUCGAGCGUACCCAAAUCCCAUGCCCAGUCAUCAUACCCCAACGCCGGCCGCGGACAAAAGCUCGUGGGUUCGUGCGAGCCUACGCCCCGCUCUUGGGCGAAUGCAGCGGCAUCAGCCAGGAAACCUUCCUCCUCUUCCUCAAGAACUUCCACAAGGCCUCCCAAGCAUCGCCGGUCUUCCCCGUCAUCCGCAUGUCGGCGGCGAUAGCCGGCUUCGCACCAAGCGUGAUCGCAAUGGCCGUCACGACGGCCGUUCAAUUUGCUGCAGGCGUAGGGCAGGAGGUCCAGCAGCGGCAGCGGACCAACCAUUUCCUGGAUAGGAUGAACCAGGAGUUGUUCCAGCCGGCAGGGUUGUACGCCAUGAUCGUCAAGUACAAGCCUGAGGAUGAGCUGCAGAAGAACAGCAACAGUCUGCUAACGCGGCUCGGAGUGACUAGCGAGAAGGUCGACCUGAGCACGAACCAGACCAUUGCGAAGUACAGCCGCGCUCUAACCAGUGAAUCGGCCAGCAGCGGGCAGAGCAUGAGCCAGCGGAUGCAGGGCCUUCGCCUCUUCUCUCAGACGACAAAAGGCUCCUGCGCGAUUCCGGAGUCCGCACCAUUGAUCUUCCCAGAUGUUGACAACGCGGUGGCUCUCGAGGGCGAGGAGAGCUUCAAGGCCAAGGCGAAGGAUGCCAAAGGCUUUUUGGCCGAUUACUUCGACCGCAAAGCGCAAGCAAAGUAUGCAACGGCGGAUCCAAACUCGAGCUUGAACGUGCCGGACGAGCAGCGUGCGUUCCGCUCCAAGCUUGCGGACCCGAGUCAUCCGAUGUACAAUGGCGGAAUCGUCGGCUUCGUCAGUGGUGGUGCACUUACCCGAGAUCGCGCUGAGAGGGAUAACCGCAGGAACGAGAGGCGGUGGGAAAAAUAUGAGCGGAAAGACUUGCGCCGAGAAAGGAGAGACGAUCGAAAGGAUUUCCGUCGAGAAAUGAGAAACGAGCGCAAGGAUGAGAGACGUCUUGACAGGUUUGAGCGACGGCUCGACAAGGGCAGGAGUCUGAGCAGGAGUAGCGAAAGACGUCAUGAGGAUAUCAUGAUCCACCGAGAAAGAAGGGCUGGGUUACAGGGACGCGGACCGAUCGGCAUGCUUGCAGGUGCUGUCGCUGGCAGAGUCGAUAAUGGCCAGAGUAGAGAGUACGAGGAUGCGUACCGAAGCGGCUACGAUGGUCGCGAGAUGAGGAGAUCUUUUGAGGAUCGCAACUCCAGCUAUGGGCAGUGGAACACGCCUGCUCCUUAUAGCGGGCAACAGAGCUUCAACCCGAGCAGAGCGGCUCCGUAUGGUGGCCAAGGAUAUGUCCAGAACGAACGUGAGGUGCCCGGAGCGGCUGCCUACCGUGGGAGGAGGGCAGACCGAAGAGGAAGCCGCCAGAAGAAGGGCGGGCUCAUCAAGAAGAUCAUGACCGAGGACGUCCUAUACUUAUUGAUCGUGAACAUGCCCUCAGAAGAAGAGCUUGCGGAGGCCAGGGCGACAUUGGAGACGGCUAGAGGACAUUGA